AUAGGCGAAAACUUUAUGUUUGGAUCUUGCUGUUGACCAGAACUGUGCAAAGGGGACGAGAACGAGCAAUAGCAAAAGAAACUGGGAAUGAGUACACUUGUAAGGUCCAUGAGGCCUUGCGAGCCGUUUAGAUGAGAAGUUGAAACUGCUCAGUAAGCAGAACAACCAAAAGAGUAAAUUGACGAAAACGUACACCACUUAACAGGUCUUUCAGCUGUUUAAAAAUAUGGCUCCAAGAGGAUAUUUUACCACAGGAAGUCUUUCAGCAUUCAUUUUCCUCGGAAUAAUCAGAGGAACUUUCUCUGUGGCGAUUCACUUUGCGGUUCAUUCUUACAAAUCACCGAGCCUCGUAUUUCUUCUUCGAACACCAGGGACUGUGGCACUGUAUUUUGUUUUUAUGGUUUUCCUUUCUAGUAGAGACAGCGAAGGCAAGGAAAUAUUCCGCAACAACUUCAGAACUGCAAAAAAUUACUGGAGGUUUGCUGUGAUGGGUUUUGUACAGCUUGCUGCUCCAUACAUGUUAUUUAUGUAUGGACUGAAAGUGUUAAAUCCUUCAACCGGUGGUGUAUUCAUGGCGGCCGCUCCAUGGCUGUCUAUUUUGUUAGAGCGAUUGCCUUUUCUUAGGACUGGUUAUCCAGUACCCACAAGCAAGUUUGCUGCAAUUGCUGUUGGCUGUGUGGGUAUCAUCCUUGUCUCUGUUUCAGGCAUUGGCUUAGCAGCAGAAAGUGAGGGUCACUGUGGUUAUAAAGAUGUACCAACACCUGAUACAAAUGAAACUUCAGUGAUGGAAGUCAGCAAAAGAAUUAUGAACACUACUAAUGUAACAGAUGCCACUGUAAGGAAACAAUAUUGUACUCCGUUCACAGCUACAGAGCUAGCAACAGCUUUGCUGGCUCUCAUUGGUGGAUCGUUGAUGUGGUCUAUUAGUUCAAUAUUUUGGCGUUCUAACCGAGGGAACAUUCAUUAUGUCAGUGGUGGUGUUGGAAACAAUAUAUUUGGUGGAUGCUUUGCCCUUCUCCUGUUUCUAAUACUGCAGCGAUUUGAGGAAAUUGAUCAGGUACAGUUGUACAGUGUAUGUGGUAAUAAUUGUAAUUUGUGGCUUUCUCAGGAACGUAAUUCUCGCAAAUUACUUUUUUUCAGAAGAUUGGACAAAAGAAAACAGAAAUCAUUUUUCCUUUAAGCUCAACUGACAAUUUCACUUCAUUGUCAUGAAAGUGGCCUGAAAAACACCAAUGUCGUUUUGUUUAACUUGCACUGUGGUGUGCAGUGCUGUAUUUUAUUGAAGUACCUUGUUCAGUCCAUACUGGGGAACAUUGAUCUCUUACUGUGUUUUGCAAGUUGAAGGUUGUUGCCAGCAGGUCAGUCGAUAACCUUGAAAUUAAGACUUUAAGCAAUGCUACUCCAAUAUGGAUCCCUCACUAGUUUGGUAACAUGUACACAUGCUAGUUAUGCAAUGCUUUCUAUUGGUAUACCAUGGGAUAUUCCACGAGUCACCUGCAGUUUCUUGGUACACACACAAGCCCAAACCAGGA